AUGAAGACCAUCGUCGUCCUCGGGGCCGGCCUCGCCGCCGCGCCCAUCAUCCGCCAGCUGAUGCGCACCGUCGUCCUGAAGCGCAAGGACAUGCGCAUGAUCGUCGUCGCGCCCAACACGCACUUCCACUGGCCCAUCGCCAUGCCGCGCGUCGUCGUCCCCGGCCAGCUUCCCGACGACAAGGUCAUGUUCCCGUACGAUCCCAUCUUUCGCGAGUACCCCUCGGACCGCUUCGAAUUCGUGCUCGGCAGCGCCGCCUCGCUCGAUCCGGAGGCCCGCGUUGUCACCGUCGGGCUCAACGCCGGCGGCGACGAGCGGGCCGUCCCCUACGACACGCUCGUCGUCGCCACCGGCGCGUCGGCCAAGGACGACAUGCCGUGGAAGGUCCUCGGCACGACGGCCAGGACCACGGAGCGGCUGCACCGCCUGCAGGAGGACAUCAAGCGGGCAAAGACGAUUGUCGUGGCUGGCGGCGGGCUCACGGGGUCGGAGACGGCCGGCGAACUGGGCUUCGAGUACGCGAGGGACGGGACCAAGGACGUCUACUUCAUCUACUCGGGGGAUGUGCCGCUGUCGUCGCUGCCGGUGCUGGAGAGCGUGCGCAAGCAGACCAAGCACGAGCUGGAGAGGAUGGGCGUCAAGAUGAUGCCCAACACGACCGUCACGCGGGCCACCAAGUCGGGCGACGAGACGGUCCUGGAGCUGCGCGGCGCCGACGGCACGACCAAGACGCUGACGACGGACGCGUACGUCCCGACGACGGGCGUGACGCCCAACACGUCCUUUGCGCCGGCCAAGAUGCUCGACGGCCGGGGGUACAUGAAGCAGACGACGCGGCUGCAGGCGGAGGGGUACCCGGACAUCUUCGUGGUGGGCGACGCGGGCAGCCUCGAGGCGUCCAAGGCCAUGAUGGCGACGACGCAGGCCACGCAUCUCAUCAAGGUGCUGCCCGCGUACCUGCUCGCCGGCGACGACGGCGACGGCGCCCGGGGAGAGCUGCCCGAGUACCAGGUCAACACCAAGGAGAUGGUGGGCGUGACGCUGGGCCGCAGCAAGGGCACGGGGCAGAUGGGGACGUUCAAGGUGUUUAGCUUCUUGAUCUGGUGGCUCAAGGGCCGCUUCCUGGGCACCGACUAUGCGGCGCAGCUGCCCGCGGGGAAAAGGACGAUGAUGGCGACGCUGGAGAAGUAG